UAGUUUCUUUAGUUCCAUGUAGUGAGUCACUCUCUUGAACCAAAUUAUUCCCAAACGACCAACUCCAGCUAGAACACAGAAAAAAUUAGGAGUAUUGGAGGACAUAGAGCCGAGUUCAUAAACAAAAUGAAUGACUUAAACAAUUCCAAGCCCUAUGAGAACCAUUUACUAAACAAUGUCAUUACCAACAAUGCCAAUAUAAAUGAUGAAAAUCUAUCCGCUGGCCGUCGAAACUUACGCCGAUGGCUAGGCAAGCCCUUUAGGGUAGUGAUUACCGAUGGUCGAGUGCUGGUGGGCUUUUUCAACUGUACCGACAAGGAUUCCAAUAUUGUCCUAUCCAUGUGUGCCGAAUAUCUGGAAGAGGGCGAAGAAUCACCACGCAUUCUAGGCAAUGUUAUGAUACCCGGUAAACAUAUUGUUUCCGUGUCAGUGGACUUACCACCCGAAGAGGUAUAUACCGUGAAACCAGUGAAAGCCUAG